AUGGAGAAUGGAGGCCAUGGAAAUUCGGCGUCAUCUCGAAAUUUCGGUCAAGUUGGUGUUUCACAACAACACCUCGAUCACUUGGGUCUCCCACUUCUUGGCCUUCCUUGCCGUUCUCACCUUCCUCACCUUCUCUCGACACCCAGACCUCACCCUCGAAGGAGACGAGACGACAUGCCUGCUGAACCUCCCGUCGCGUUUGCGACCAUCUGCACCAAGCAGCCCGGAUACAUCCUCAGCAUCACGCCUGCUGCGUCCGGAGCGCUGGUGCUGCGACACCCCGAGCCCGAGCUCAGCGUGUGCGACAACCAGACACUGGAGCGCAUCGCGACACUUUCUGGGCACAGGCAACCUGUUACGGACGUCGUGUGCGGUGACGAGGGAGUCUGGAGCUCGAGCCUCGAUGCGAGCAUCAUUCGGUGGGACCAGCGGAGCGGCCGGGAGGCGAUGAAGAUUAAUGGGGUGCAACCCGCGAUGGAGAGAGAGCGAAGCUUCAUUGACGAAUUCAUCCAGCUGACAGCAGCCUUCCUCCGCAAGCCGCUACCCCUGACCUGCCUCGAGGUCGCCGAGAGCGACCACCUCGUGAUGGCGGGCACGGAGCUGCAGUCCUCCGAGGCGCACAUCCUCUUCUACGACGUGCGCAACCCCUCCGAGCCGGCAUACAUCCACUCGUCAACACACAGCGACGAUCUGACCUCCCUCCACCUGCUCCCCCCGACGGGAUCCUUUGCGCGCGCUCAGCCUGGCCAAAAGCCGCUCCCCGACCGCCUCCUCCUGUCAACAAGCACGGACGGCUGCAUAGCCAUCUCGUCCAUGCGCGAGACAGACGAGCAGGAGGCCCUCCUCGCCGAGGAGAACUGGGGCAUGUCCGUCGCCGGUUCCGGGUCGUAUGCCUACAAGGGCGGCAUGAAGCUCUGGGCGCGUUCUGACCAGGACUGCGUCGCGACCUGGGACCUGACGUAUAAUGCCGAAGAAGCGCAGCUCGAGCUCAACAACCAGGCCGACUUUGGCAGCGACGAGUUCAAGUUUAAGAAGUUCCGGCUCCCCAAAUCGGGCCCGAAUGUCACGCGGGCGAUCGGGGAGGAGAGGCCGUGGCCGGAGCAGGUUGAGAGCCGGUACAUCAUUGAUGUUUGUCCGAGCUUGGGUGUGGGGCAGACGGGCGCGCCAAUGCUCGGUGUGGGCACGAAUGAGGGCAACAUUGUGCUCGAGCACUGCGCUACGCCGCCGACAUACGCUCCGUCGGCGUACUUUGUCUCAGGCCCCGGAGCGAGGGGACACAAGGACGUAGUUCGGUGCAUGACGCACGUGCGCAGCGACGAGGUGCUCUACACGGGCUCCGAGGACGGCGUGCUCGCGGGCUGGUCGCUGGCGGCGCUCCCGCCUCUGGUCCGUGGCGACCCCGAGGUCGACGACGACGGCGGCGACGGGCGCGACGAGGACGAGUCCGACUCGGACUCGUCCAUGGACACGGACGACGAGCUCGAAAUCUCGGACCGUUCCGACUCGGACGACUACAGCGCCGAGAGGAAGAUGGACGCCGAGCCGAGACGUCGCGAGGAUAAUCCCGUUCUCCGCGGUCGCGAUCGCAAGGGCGACCGCAAGGCUGACCGCAAGGGCAAGCGCCAUGCUCCGUACUAG